AUGGGCACGGGGCUCCUCCCGCACGACCCCGACCGCCCCCGAACCGCCGUCGAGACAAACCGCAGCUAUCCUGCCAUGCAUGUCGUCGCCGCAAAUCCUCAAGCCACCAUUACCCAGGCGGAGGACCAGCCGAGAGAUCCAGCCAGGGACCUGUCCAGCCCAAGUGAAGCUUCCACAGCAGACAGCGCACCGUCCAGCCAUCGCGAAGGAUUUCACUGGACGUCCGUACUUAACAGCAUCUCUGAUAUUGAUUCGCAAAAGGCUGGGGAGCCACCCGAAGACCAUUCAUCCCAUGUAGCCACCGCCUUGCCUCAGUUCGUGGACUUCCUCCUCCUCGGGAAUUAUAGUCGCGUUUCAAGGGCGGACCUGAUAGCGACCGUUCCGCCAAAGAUCGAGUCGGACCGCCUCGUCAGUUACUAUUUUGAAACUUAUAGCUACUCUCCUGUCAUCCUCCACCACGGGGAAUUUAUGAAACAGUAUGAAGACUUUUGGCAAGACCCUCCGACAACCUCAGCGCCGACAUCAUGGCUAGCGCUGUUAUUCAGUGUCCUCACCCUUGCUACUAUCUUACAUAACGCACAUAUGCUUGGCUCAGACGAGGUGGUGCUACCGGGCACUGAAAAGCAUCAGGAUUCCAGACGCAUGGAGAGCUUUAGAGAAAAGACGGUCCAAGCUCUUGUUCUAUCUGAGCAUCACAAGGGCGGGCCACAUAUUCCCGAGACAUUGCUGCAUUACAUCCUUGGGGAGCAGUUCAUCAGGCGAGAUGCCGAUUCGGGCACUUGGAUAGUGCUUCAGAGUUUAGUUUCAAUCGCUCUAAGUUAUGGCUAUCACCAAGACGGAGAUCGAUUUCAGACCCUGACGCCGUUCCAACGCGAGAUGAGGCGCCGGCUAUGGGCACUUAUCUACCAAAUCGAUAUGGGGGUCUCGACGCAGCUCAAGAUGCCAAAACUGAUCAAGGACUCCAUCGUCGACACCAAGGAGCCCAGUAAUUUGUUCGAUACCGACUUCGGCCCCGAAACCACUGUCUUGCCAGAGUCUAGGCCCGAGUCUCAGCUGACCCCGAUACUAAUCACCAUCUCGAAGAACCGACUGGCUACUGUCUCUUCCAAAGUUCUUGAUGCUGUCACUAGCAAAGAACCCAUGCCAUACACGCGGGUGCUAGAGCUAGACAGCAUGCUAACGAAAGUAUUUGAGGAACUUCCUGCAUGUUGUAAAUUCACCAGCAUGGAAGAAUCCCUACUGGAUCCUCCAAACUUAACAUGCCAGCGAUUGUUUAUCCAAUUGGUGUACCACCACAUCCAAAUCAUCCUGCAUUCAAAGUACCUUGCCCCCUCAUUGAAAACAGAUGAGAAUCAGUACUCCAGAGACGUCGCCGUGGCAGCAGCUAUUCAAGCCUUACGCCAUCAAACCGCCAUCGACGAUGAGAUGGAACCCAACGGGAGGCUUUACCCUGUGAAAUGGAUCUUGGCUCCCGUCAUCAUUCACGAGUUUCUCCUUGCUGGCGGCGUGCUCUGCUCGCACCUCAGCAACAAUCCGCAAAUCAGGGGCACCCCGGAUUUCGAAUACAUCAAAGACCUGCUCACCAGGAGCGAAGCGAUCUGGGCACGGACCGCUUCAAGGUCCGCAGAGGCACUCAAGGGUGCUACCACCAUCCGUAAGGUCCUAAACCAACUCGAGAUGUCUUCCGGGGGCUCCAGUUCUAGCCACUCGGAAAGUCCCGAGAAUAUAGUGUCGCCUGUUACUCCCCAAGAUGUCCAUGUGGAGUAUCAGCCAUCAACGACAAUCAUCACUGAGCCGAAUGAGCCUCUUGUGCCCGCUGUGCCGGGGGAGGCGGAUAGUUCGUCAAGCGGUCCUCUCGACCAUGCUCAAAGUUCUUGGUAUCAAUGA